GGAAGGGGAGGGGCUUUCAACCGGGAUGUGGUUAGGAGGAUGUCAACACUGUAAGGCUGCAGCGGGCUGAAAUACAAUAGUCGCAUCAAUGGAAUGUGGGAAAUAAGCCAGACCAUUUCUACCAAAUGGCCAGACAUCUUGAGAAACAUGCGAGGCUGUGUGUGCUCUGAACAAGAGCUCCCCCAAAACGGCUAGCUAAUAUGCCUCCCAGGUCGUAUGACAGUAAUUGUUAUGACAUUUCCUCAUGCUGAUUCCAAGGUAGGCAAAUGAUGGCCUCACACUGUCACCAUGGUGACAGAUGGCUGUGACCAUGGCUUCAGAGAUGGUAGUGGAGUGCAGCAACGUCGCUGACAAUGUGGGGAAAUCUGUCCAAGUUCACCCCUUUCUUCUUGCUGCUAGCGUUGUCAGGCCUCAUCCUCCUGCUCCGGAACAUUCACACCCUUGAGAAGUUUAACUGUCAGACGGUGUCGGCGCUCCACCAGCUCCAGACCAAACUGGACUCUGCCUUCAGGACUGCCCUCCCCUUGCCGCUGGACCGGAAUAAGUCCUACUGCGGCUUGCUGGGGCCGGAUCUGACCGCCGAUGAGGCCGCAGAAGAGCGCCACCUGCUGGACUCCAUCGCCUGGCCGGAGCCGCGCCUGUCGGCAGUGCCCCUGCGCCAGAGCAGCGACCCCUCCCGCAGCUUCUUCGUGGUCCUCUCGUCCGGCGGGGAGUUGCGUGUCGGCGGCCAGCUGGAGGCGCUGGUCCACAUGCACGACUUCCAAGGUCAGCCCAAGCGGCAUGGCGGGGACUUCCUGCUGGCCCGCCUCGCGUCUCCUGAGCUGCGGGCCGGCGUUGCCGGCCACGUGGUAGACCAUCAGAAUGGCUUCUACUCUGUGCACUUCUUGUUGCCCUGGGCGGGGCCGGCGCAGGUGGAAGUGACGCUGGUGCACUCUAGCGAAGCCGUGCAGGUGCUGAGGCGUCUGCGGGAGGAGCGACCCGACCGCGUCUUCUUCAAGAGCCUCUUCCGCUCGGGUUACUUCUCCGAGACCACUGUCUGCAACCUGUGCCUGCCGGGCCACCAGCCGCUCUGCAACUACACCGACCGCCACACAGGGGAGCCCUGGUUCUGCUACAAGCCCAAGCUGCUGGGCUGUGAGAGCCGAGUCAACCACGCCAAGGGCGGCUACCAGAAGCGCCUGCUCACCAGCCAGGAGGUGCUGUUCUUUCAGAGUGAUGUGAAUAUUAAGGUUCCUAUACAAGCAUCGGGGUCAGCUCGUGUGAUUGUGCUGCCAGAAAGAAAAGAAAAGCCAGAAGCGGAGAAAAGAAAGAACGCGGAUGCAGUAUUCGGGCCCUCAGGUUUCUACUAUCAGGACGCAUGGCAGGCGUUCGGGGGAGUCCCUGUGCGCCAGUUCAAUGACACCACAGCCAUAAUAGAGUGUCUUCAGGGGAAGGUGGUGCACAUGUUUGGGGACUCCACUGUCCGCCAGUGGUUUGAAUACCUCAAUGCCUUUGUCCCAGAUUUGAAGGAGUUUAAUCUGAGGAGCCCGAAGAACGUGGGCCCGUUCCUGGCCGUGGACAGCGAGCACAACAUCCUGCUGAAGUACCGCUGCCACGGGCCGCCCAUCCGCUUCUCCACGGUGGCGGCCAGCGAGCUGCGCUACGUGGCCAACGAGCUGGAGGGCCUGCCGGGCGGCAGGGACACGGUCGUCGUGGUGACGGUGUGGUCACACUUCAGCACUUUCCCGGUGGAGGUGUACAUCCGCCGGCUGCGCAACAUCCGCCGCGCCGUGGUGCGGCUGCUGGACCGCGCCCCCGACACGCUGGUGUUCAUCCGCACCGCCAACCUGCAGGCGCUGGACCCCGAGGUCAGCCUCUACAACAGCGACUGGUUCUCCCUGCAGCUGGACACCGUGCUGCGUGCCAUGUUCAGGGGCCUGCCCGUCGUCAUGGUGGACGCCUGGGAGAUGACCCUCGCCCACCGGCUCCCCCACGCCUUGCACCCGCCGCCCAUCAUCGUCAAGAACAUGAUUGAUGUCUUCCUCUCGCACGUCUGCCCCAGGAGGAGGAGCUAGCUGGGCCAGUGAGGAGGAGGCUGAGGGAGGGAGAGAGAGAGAGAGAGAGGCUGGGUGGGGAGUGCCUGCACUUUGUGGAUGGGUUCCUCUGGAGUGCUUGGUGAGGUGUGUGGGUGUUUCUCAGCAGCGUUGUGUGAUUUCGGAGCCAGUGCUGUUACCACAGUGACGUGACCGUGAGACAGAGUUAGUCAGCGGGAGACGGCAGAUGCUGCAGCAGUGUGUGUGUGUGUGUGUUCCUGGAUGAGAUCCCUAAACCUGUAACAGUGCCUCUUUUUCCUUGUAUUCGCUCAUGCGUCACUGCUGGGCAGAUGUGCUCUAGACCAGUGAACCGAACUGUCAGUGCCACAUAAUAUAGAGGAAGGCUGAGUGAGGAGGAGGGAGAUGGAGUGCAAUUCUCUCUUCUGUCUGACAAAAUUACAUUUUUCACAGGCUUUUAAAUGAUUGAGGACAGUCUGUGAAAAGCCAGAGCGAGUACCUCUGCAAUGGCGUAACAGUGACGCCAUAAAACAGCAGAACUGACAACGACUCACAGCAGCCUUCUCUCAGGUCCCGGCAUCAUACAUUGCUACUGUUCUCUCCAGCUGAGGAAACCUCUGUUAUAGUGUGACCUCACUGUGACUUUAUCCAAGCCCAGUAGUGUUGGAAUGCAGUGUACAGUAUCUCUCACCAGCCCACCCAUUGCUCCUGGUCUCUUGGUGUGUAGGGCUUGGGCGGUGAGGGCAGUCUCUCACCUCUAUGCAGUUAAGGAUAUGUCAUCAGACCUAUCCUAAAUGAGGAGCAGGAACCCAGUCCUCAAGCCUGGUACAUGUGCCUAUGCACAACUUACAUUCUGAACUGUGCGUCUGAAUGUAAAUGUGUAAAAUUUCACAGUUAUCAAAAAAUUAAAUUGGUAUGGAAAUGUUCUUACUGUAAUGACCUCCUCAGACUUUACAUACACCAAUUUCCUUGUGGCCAAAGAGGUGCGCUGCAGGACAUAUGCACCAUUCUCUUUCCUCUUGACAGUCACCUCCAAGAAUAUUUAAUAUGGUCAGCUAUUUCGCAUUUUUUAGGAGGCCCAGCGUCAACAUAUUGGUGUUGUUAGUCUUGUUGUACCUCAACCACUCCCUCUUCUGUUGUUUUUUUUUUUUGUUUGUUUUGGGUGGUACGAUUGUACUGGGUAAUAAGAAAUGAGUGGAGAUCACAUGACUAAUUCCAUCAGACUUUUAAAUGGCAUUUUUAAAUGCAUAGGACUCUUGAACUGCUGUCAUGGAACUUGGUACUUAGGCUGUUCACAGGUUACAGUUUUGCCUCAACAACCUUUCAGUUCUUCAGUAUUAUAUUUUCUGAUCUGUCAUAUUUUUAAAAAUCUCAAACGACUUUCAGGAAACAAACUCCAUGCCAAAACACCUUGCCAAAAUCUUUUAAUGGUAUUUGCACAUGGCAAAGGCAAAUGUUCAAAUGUCAUUCUUUGCUGGAUAAAUCAGUGUCAAAUCUGGCAUGCUAAUGUCGUUGGCCAUGUCUAAAUUGUGGUGUGAAUUUUAACCUGACCUUUCGGAGGCCAGGGGAUUGAGAAUGUGAACCAAAACAACUUUAGAAUACUAGGGUUCAAGACAAGAAUUAUAAGCCCAAUUUCAAAAUAUCAUGUAUAGGACCUCAAGAUGUGAUUCGUAAAAAAAAAUUCUGCAACAGGCUAAUGAGGCUCUGACAUGUAAAUAAGUAGACCAUUCAUUUGGUGUAAAUUGGUAGAUGUAUAAUUAAAAAUACAUGUGUAUUUAAAGAUAAAUAAGCAUGUGCUUGUCACUCCACUGCAAAAGCAGUCAGCGCGUUCCAUUUUGGAUUCCGAGGCAUUCUUUACUUCCAUUGUCCCCAUUGUUUUUAAUUGUGGCAAUAUGACAUGAAUAGAAUACAUCUGAAGGCACAUUCACCAUUUAAGGUUAAUUAGGCAAGUUUUAUGGCUGAAGUUUAAAAGACUUAUGCACACCUGUAGAAUACAUUGUGAUUUAUUAGCAUACACUUAAACACAUUUUAGGAAUCAUUUGUGUACAUGCAGAUUCACACUUGUGCAUAUGCAGAUUCAAAAUGUCCUGUUCCUAAGCAAGAAUUAUCACCUAUGAGUAUUUCCACUGCAAGCUAACUAUAAAUGAGGCCUUUGUUCCAUGGUGUAUGACAGUCCUCCAAAGCAAUGACUGGACCACAUAGACCUCAAGUUAAUGCAUUACAUUAGAGUAGGUGUCAUCUGCAUUAACACCAUUGUUCCAGUACAAAGAACAGACCCAUACAGAAUGUACAUUUUGUAUUUUGUGCAGGACACAGUAUAUUCAAAACAUAUAAAUGUUUUAUCAGAGUAUUAAGCAAUGCCUAAAGUGAUUGGUUAUAUAACAAACUCCUAUGUAGGCAUGAGCAUACUAUUGUAUAUCUGAUUAUGCACAUAUGGUCAUGUUUGUCAAUUCAUCUGUAUUAUACCACAGCACUUGUUUUAAAGUAUACUGAUAUGACUAACACAGCUGUGGCCUGUGUGAGAUUACCGUUUCCUGUUGCCUGACGUUACAGUGCAAAUAUGGCUUGUCUUUUGCCAGACUGAAGUUUCAUUGUACCAAAGUAAGUUUCAUCAACGCAAUGCUGCUUUGUAAAGGAGUGUUAAUCCUGUCAAAUAAAUCCGC